AGAAGCACGUCUUCCUUAAGAGAAUCGGCCUUCCACCGGAUUCAGAAUUUUAAUUGGUGCAUUGUUCCUCUGUUGUUUUAUUUGACUGUUUAUUAUUUCGAGUUGAUGUGGUGGCAAACAUUUGAUGAGGCCGCUUCCAGUAACUUUUGCUGUUCUUUCCUGAUAAGUAACUGAAGAAAAUCGAAACUCCAGUUAUGGGGAUGUCGAGAACCAGGGACAGAAUUGAGGAUUUCAAGGAUACUGUGCAUGCUGUAGCUCUUUCCCUAGGAUAUGAUGAGUCCAAAACUGCAGCAAUAUUGGCAUCUUUCAUUAUGCCAAAACCUCGGCAACGGUCACCUUUUAUGAAGGCUGCAUUGAAAACACUUGAAAGCAUCAAAAGUUUGGAACAGUUUAUUGUUAAACAUCGAAAGGAUUAUACGGAUCUGCACCGCACUACUGAACACGAAAGAGACAGCAUUGAGCAUGAAGUGGCUGUUUUCAUAAAAGCAUGCAAAGAACAGAUAGAUAUUCUUAAAAACAGAAUAAAUGAUGAAAAUGAGAAUAUAAAUUCAAGGGCAUGGCUUGGGCUCCGCGGUGGUAAUUCUAAUGCUGAUAUUGUAGCCCACAGACAUGGAGUGGUUUUGAUUUUAAGUGAGAGGCUACACUCCGUGACAAUUCAGUUUGACCAGCUUAGAGCCAUUCGCUUCCAGGAUGCUAUUAAUAGAGUAAUACCAAGACGAAAGCUACACCGUGCCACUAAUCCAAAUACACCGAUUGUAUCUGAAUCUGAUCAUUCAGAGCUCAGGGAUUCGAAUAAUGAAUUUCCAUCUGAACCCCUUAGAGUUCAGCAACAGCUAUUGGAUGAUGAAACACGAGCUCUUCAGGCAGAAUUGUCCAGUCUUCUAGAUGCUGUUCAAGAAACUGAGACUAAGAUGGUAGAAAUGUCUGCUCUGAAUCACCUUAUGGCAACACAUGUUCUUCAACAGUCUAAACAGAUAGAGUAUUUGUAUGAGCAGGCAGUUGAAGCUACAAAGAAUGUGGAUAUGGGCAACAAGGAGCUGUCCCAAGCCAUUCAACGCAACAGCAGUAGCCGGACCUUUCUUUUGCUUUUCUUGUUUUUACUUACCUUUUCCAUUCUGUUUCUAGAUUGGUACAGCUAGAAAUCGCGUUCUUCCCUGGGCAGAGGUGUUUUU